AUGAAGGGAACAGUCAGUAUCCUUCUAGCCACGGCAGCUUUCAGUACCGCUCAGGUUAUCAACAAUGGCAAUGGAACCUACACCUGCGCUCUCCCUUCAGGUGCAUACUGUGUAUCACCCUCGCUUGAGAGCAACAUGAUCAUUCGCUGCACCAAUGGUAUUGGCUAUGCCAGCAACUGCGAUGACCGUCUCGCCGACAAGACUCCUCUGGGCUCGUCUUACUCGCCCUGCUGGCAGGCAUCGAGCCGGUCUGGCAACGCACAGUGCUCGAAGAACGGAAUAAUCUACCCAGAUGGCAACAACACAACACCAUACCCAGUCCCGAACUACCAGACAAUCAGCGCCAGUAUCUCUAGUGCUGCCACAGCUACCACUGAGGCAACCAAAUGGCCGUACAUUGCCAACUUCACCACAAGCACGACGACAUCGACAUCGACGAACACACACACUACGACUGUUUAUAUAUCAGCAGUCCCUCAAGCCGCAUAUACGAACUCGUCAUCUCCUUACUACGGCAAUGCAACUCUGGACGGGAGCGCCGCACUUGCCGCUGCUGCCACCUCGACAACAGCAUCGGUACCUUACCUUCCGUACUUCCCAGCCGUUGUCCUGCCUACUUCCACACAAUACACCACAGAUAUAGUCUAUAGCUACACGACUGUGUGUCCAGCCGGUGCGACAGUCACCGACUCUGCAGGCGCUGAAGCCGUGCUGGCAACCCCCUCAACCAUUACUUUGACCACCACUUCUCGCAGCACAAUCACGGCAACUGCAAUCGUCUCUUUGCACUCGCCCAUCUUUGCAUUCGACGCUUCCAGUACUUUAGCAAGUGGCGAGUAUGCACCUGUAGUGACUGCCAUUGCUGCUGCUCCCUAUGCCUGGAGCAAUGGGACUUGGAGUAAUGCCACUACUCUGGCUGUUGUGGGUACUGCUGCACCUGCUCCUGUAGCUUCGGCUUCGGCUUAUCGUCCAACAUGGAAUGAGACUAUGGUGCCCUACACAGGAACUGCGGGCAAGACUGGUGUUUCGUUUGCUGCCGCUCUUCUUGCCUUGAUGGCUCUGUUCUAA